AUGGUCCACGGGUACAAGGGGGUCAAAUUCCAAAACUGGGCAAGGACCUAUGGCUGUUGCCCGGAGAUGUACUUUCAGCCCACAUCUGUGGAGGAGAUCAGAGAGGUGCUGGCCCUGGCCAGGCAGCAGAACAAGCGGGUGAAGGUGGUGGGUGGUGGCCACUCACCCUCAGACAUCGCCUGCACUGACGGCUUCAUGAUCCACAUGGGCAUGAUGAACCGCGUCCUCAAGGUGGACACAGAGAAGAAGCAGGUGACCGUGGAGGCCGGCAUCCUCCUGGCUGACCUGCACCCGCAGCUGGACAAGCAUGGCCUGGCUUUGUCCACCCUGGGAGCUGUGUCAGACGUGACAGCAGGUGGCGUCAUCGGGUCUGGAACCCACAACACGGGGAUCAAGCACGGCAUCCUGGCCACACAAGUGGUGGCACUGACCCUGAUGAUGGCCGACGGGACCAUUCUCGAGUGUUCCGAGUCCAGCAACGCAGAGGUAUUCCAGGCUGCGCGCGUGCACCUGGGCUGCCUCGGAGUCAUCCUCACAGUCACACUGCAGUGUGUGCCCCAGUUCCACCUGCAGGAGACCACCUUCCCCUCAACCUUGAAUGAGGUUCUUGACAACCUGGACAGUCACCUGAAGAAAUCCGAAUACUUCCGCUUUCUCUGGUUCCCACACAGCGAAAACGUCAGUGUAAUCUACCAGGACCACACCACCAAGCCGCCCUCCUCUUCAGCCAACUGGUUCUGGGACUACGCUAUUGGAUUCUACUUAUUGGAGUUCCUACUCUGGAUCAGCACCUUCUUGCCAGGCCUUGUGGGCUGGAUCAAUCGCUUUUUCUUCUGGCUCCUGUUCAACGGGAAGAAGGAAAACUGCAACCUCAGCCACAAGAUCUUCACCUACGAGUGCCGCUUCAAGCAGCAUGUCCAGGACUGGGCCAUCCCCAGAGAGAAGACCAAAGAGGCCCUGCUGGAGCUGAAGGCCAUGCUGGAGGCGAACCCCAAGGUGGUGGCCCACUACCCCGUGGAGGUCCGCUUCACUCGCGGGGACGACAUCCUGCUGAGCCCCUGCUUCCAGCGCGACAGCUGCUACAUGAACAUCAUCAUGUACAGGCCCUAUGGUAAGGACGUGCCGCGGCUGGACUACUGGCUAGCCUACGAGACCAUCAUGAAGAAGGUGGGAGGCAGGCCCCACUGGGCCAAGGCCCACAACUGCACCCGGAAGGACUUUGAGAAAAUGUACCCAGCCUUCCAGAGGUUCUGUGCUAUCCGAGAAAAGCUGGACCCCACAGGGAUGUUCCUGAACGCCUAUCUGGAGAAGGUGUUCUACUGA